UGGUAAGCCUGCUGGCCAGAGGCGUGAAGUGUGCUUGACGAGGCUUUGACAGUCCGACGACAGGCGGUAGUUUGUAGAUUUUCCUACAACUUAUCUAUAGAAAUAAAGAUUUAAUUCUUUAGUGUUACGAUUAACGAAUCAAAUUUGUUCGCGGUAUAAUUUCGGCGUAAUCUCAGAACUUAUUGGCGGCUAAAUUACGUGUAGAAAUCAUGGUUUCCGAACCGCUACUGUUCGCGUUUGCUCUAUUCGACACCGGCGCUGUGCUUUUUCUGCUUGUGUAUUUUGUGAUUACGCUUUCGGACCUUGAAUGCGAUUACCUGAACGCCCAGCAGUGCUGCUCGAAAUUGAACACGUGGGUUCUACCGAAAAUCGUCGGGCACGUCUUCCUCGUCGUCCUGCUACUCUUCCACGGUCAAUGGAUCCUCAUGGUCGUCAAUCUACCGAUGGCUCUUUGGCUCGUGUAUGAAUUUUUGACAGUACCCACGGGCAACAUGGGGAUCUACGACCCAACCGAGAUCCACAACCAUGGCCAGCUCAAGAAACACCUCAGGGACUGCAUGGUCUAUCUCGGAUAUUACCUCGUCUUCUUCUUCAUAUACCUUUACUGCAUGAUUAUUGCGCUACUGAAGGGGGAUCCGAUCAGAAGAGACGAAGACGACAUGGUCGAGUUUUAAUUUAAUCACAUAACAGCGAUGAUAUAUUGUGAUUAUUCUUCCUUUUCAAUGCAUGUACAUCACACGUUUGACCACGUAUAAUCAUUUUUUUAGUCCAUUAGUGUAUAGUGAUCACAAGUUUAAUUUAUUUAUAAUUUAUAAGGUAUCAUUUCAAUCGCGGUUCUAAUCAAGAGACUGAAAAUUUCCACGACCUUUGUAAUAUAUGAUCUUUUAUAAGUACGUUUAAGGCAGUGCCCUAAUAAUCGAAAAAAUAGUUAAUUAAAAAAUUUACUCUCUCCUUAACCAAUGUAAAAAACAAAAAUGGAAAUGCUGAAUUGAGUUAUUUUUUUCGCCCUUGCAUGCACUCUCUAUGCAGAAUCGUUUCACAAGUUUCGAUUUCGCAAACCGAAAUAUUUUCACGCUACAUAUGUCACUUGCAAAAUGUUUAUAUUACGCAAACGUUUACAGUGAAACGAUUAUUCCUAAGUGCGUUGUCCGUAAUGUAUAAACGAAGCUCUGACGGUAUUAUUUCUUUUUUUUUUCAAUUUUUGAUUCGGAUUACUUGAAUUUGGAUAAUUACAGCACUGCCGCAGACUAAAUUUGAAAGCUACAAUGCAAACGGAGAUCAAAAUAUACGAUCAAACGUUAUAACAAGAGAGAAAAUUUCGCCGUUGGCUGAAAAGAAAAAAAAAACUAAAUACAAUCAUCCACUGAUCAUUUCGUUUCGCAUAUACUCUGUCCAAUCAUACGUGUAACAUAUUAUUAUCACAGUCAGCCUUCAAUCAUCAUGUCAUACAAAUGUGGCUUGCGCAAUGACCCUCGUCGUGUAUUUUUCGUACUAUCGCGAUAUCGGUGUAGUACAAUGUGCUUCAUUGUUUUCAUUCCCACUUGCCUACAAUCAUUGUGCAUACGUAUAAACGUACGUGGUAAAUACGCCCAAAGCCCUUUGUUCAAACAUGUUUUUCGCCCCUGUCGGUCCGUGAAUUGCCCUCGAAAUUGCUCGUGUUGGCUGCCGUGACCGGGUAACAGUUUUAUCUCAAACAUACGUAUAUAUAUAUAUAUAAAAACCACCCCCUCUCUCUGCAGACGGUGGAUGAUUUAGACUUUGCGUGUUGCUUUUUCUUUUUACGUUUUUUUUCUCUUCUUUU